UGUCUUCCGCAGCAUGAGAGAGAAAAAGAGAAAAGAAAGGCAAACAGCUACAGAAAGUGUGUCUCUCUCUCCUCCAAAACCCAGAGAGGGAUUUUGUGCAGUUGGGUAGUUUCAGUUUGUGAAGAGAAGGGACUCGCUUUCUGUGUGAAAUAGCAAGUUUUGGGACUUGCUUUGUUUUUUUAUUUUCGGUCGCCAUUUUUUGCAAGCAUUUUCACUCAGUAGUUUCAGUAGUGGGUUUAAACUUAAAAGAGUACAAAAAAACAAAGAGUGUUUUGAUUUGAAGUGAAAAAAAUAUGCGAAUCGGUGACGAAACGAUUCGUUGCGUCUUUUCUCUGAAGAUUUUCCCAUAAAAAAAUUCGAAUUUUAUCUGAUAUUCUCCCUCUCUAUCCCUCUCCCCUCCUUCAUGACUCCUUGAACCUUUCUCCUUGAUGGGGUUUUCUCACUUUCCCGCAGAGCUCCAAGCGUUUCUAGGCGGCGUUGCAUUUUCUGCGCCUCCAUGUUGCACGGUGGCUGAAGCCCUGAGAAAAAUAGAACAAAAAUUUGAGCCUUUGAUGCCAAAGCAGCUGUUGCUCUGAGUAUUUUUGGUCGGAUUCUGAAGAAAGAUUGCAGCUUUGAUGUUGGCUUUGCUAAUUUUCAUCUGGGUUUUACUGGUUUUCAGUUGAUUUUUGCCUUGGAUUUUUUUUGGAUUUCUACUGGAAUGGAUAGAAGAAGAAGAAGAAGAAGCACCUCGGAAAUGAACAAUCCAAUCGCAAGGCUUCUCCUUUUGCUAUUGAUUUUCUGCUGCCGGCAAGGGGCUGUGCAGUCCCAAGAAACCGAACCUCCGUCACCGGCGAAGCAUCCCCACUCGAAGAACGAGCUCCAAAGAAUCAUUCUGAGCAUCGUGUUGGGAGUCCUGACCGGACUAAUUUGUGCCCUCCUCACUGCACUCUUAGUCCGGUGCUUUGUCCGCUACAUCAGCAGAACCCCAAUUCUCAAAGGCCCCGUCAUAUUCUCCCCGAAAAUCGACCCCAAAACGCUCCAAUUAGCACUAGCUAGUGAAAACCGGUUGCUGGGUUCUAGCCCCAAUGGGAAGUACUGCAGGACUGUUCUGGACACCGGGCUGAUUAUUGCAGUCAAGCAGCUCGGACCCUUUUCAGAGUGUGGCUCGCCGGAGGCUCAGAGCAAGGCAGCGAAGCGGCGGAUACAGCAGGAGCUUGAAGUGCUUGCUGGCCUGAGACACAGGCAUUUGAUGAGCCUGCGGGCUUAUGUUCGCGAACACGAUAGGUUCUCUUUGGUUUAUGAUUUUGUGCCUAAUGGGAGCUUGGAGGAUGCUAUGAAUAGAGUUAGAGAAACCCAGUUGCAGCUCAGUUGGGAAGUUCGGCUUCGGAUUGCUGUCGGGGUGAUUAAGGGGCUUCAGUAUCUGCAUUCGUAUGUUCCUCAGAUUAUGCAUUACAAUUUAAAGCCUACAAAUGUUAUGUUGGAUUCGGAGUUUGAGCCGAGGUUGGGAGAUUACGGGUUGGCCAAGCUUGCGCCUUAUUUGACUGGAGCAACAUCUGGCUACAGUGCUCCAGAGUGUUUCCAGAAUGGCAGGUACACCGAUAAGAGCGACAUUUUCAGCUUUGGGAUGAUAUUGGGCGUUUUGUUAACCGGAAGAGAUCCAACCGAUCCCUUCUUUGGGGAAGCAGCUAGUGGUGGAAGUUUAGGGCGCUGGUUGCGGCACUUGCAGCAAGCAGGCGAGGCACGGGAAGCAUUAGAUAAGAGUAUAAUAGGGGAAGAAGGGGAGGAAGAUGAUGAGAUGUUGAUGGCAGUGCGAAUCGCAGUGGUAUGCCUAUCCGAUCUGCCCGCAGAGAGACCCUCAAGCGAUGAACUUGUUCACAUGCUAACCCAACUGAACAGUUUUUGAAUCAGAUGUAAGUAUGUUUUUGAAGCUCCUAUUUCUGUAGAUUUUGGGGAACUUAGACUUCAGAAGUAUUUGCUUCUGCAAUCUGCACAUUUCUCUUAGAAUUGUAUACUUUCACUGUUUAAAUCUGUGGAUAUUCACUGUGGCGAAGAAGCUGGAAGUCAAGGAAGUUUCGAACUUUUGGAGUAAAAGUGAGGAGAUUAACAAUGUGGGGGCACACAUCAAUUAUUUU